AUGCAGCCCAGACAACCAUGUCUGCGAGGCGCUCUCGGUGCAUGGAGCGCAGGCGGUGCAGUUCAUGGUGGUGGGCAGGUGGUGUACCUGUCACUUGACUGUGCUGUAGCACACGCGCACCUCAAACCCACCUCCACCAUCAAGGUGCUUCUCGUCAAGGCAGUGCGUGCAGGUGGAGAGGGGGAGCGCAAGGGCGGGGCUGAUCAGAGCGUGAAGGCUCCUGCCGCCCCACCUCUUGAGGUAGGAAGUGAGGUGCUGUCGCGUGCGGACAUGGUUCACUACCUGGACGUGGGAGGGUGGUGGCACGCGGCUGAGUGCGAGUGCUGCUUCCACCACGUGCUCACCCUGGGAGCAGAGCGUGCUGUCACCAUGGAGAGCCUUGACCUCUUCCAAUCGCUCCUGCACACACAGCAGCCCCGCUGCACGCCCCUUGCACGUGCAAGUGCAAUGAGCAAGGGUGUGCUGGAGUAUUCCGCCACAGUGCAGGCGUUUGGACCACACGUGCAGCUGGAGCCCGCGGCGCAAUUUCCCUGCAAGUGCACUCUUGCGCCAUUGUGUGCGGAGGUGAUGCUGCUCGCGUGGAUGGCUGAGCCGUGUGUGGGCGUGCUCAUGGAUCUGGGGACCAUCAGAUCCCGCCUGCCUGCCAUUCUGGCCAUUGGAGAUUCCCCUGCUACAUCGCCACCUGCUGCAUCUGCUCCACCUGCUGCUGCUGCUGUGCUACUGCUGCUGCUGCUGCUCUUGAUUCUGCAGCGUGGUCCUGCUGCUGGCGCUGCAGCAGCUGCUGGGCUGCCUACCGCCGUGCUGUCAGCUUCGCUGCGUUCCUCCGCAGGUGGGCGAGCUGGGGGCGGGCAGGCAGGGGAGCACAACCUUGCUGUGUCCAUGCUUGUGCAGGUGCUGGGGGUGAAGGAGCGUGCUGAGUUCAAGGAAGGGUUUGGGUUCUUUGUGCAGCAUGUGCUGUCAGGCGGGGUGGAGAAGUCGCACGAGGAGAAAAAAUGGAAGAGGGGGAGCUGGGGGGAAGGCUACUGGGGAGGUGCAUGGGGAGGGGAAACACGGAGAGGAAGAAUCAAGGAGCAAGAUUUCAUCUCCGCCAGAAGCUGCUUCAAGGACAGCCCGCAGGGCAAGGUCGUGCCCAUGCGCCACCCGUUUCGGGACCUUCCGAGUGUGCUGGUCAGGUUUGGCGCUGUUCCCAAGCCUUUGUAUGGAAGCAGCCUCCUUCCGGAGUGGGAGGAGUGGCCCGAGGGAGACGAAGCCGCUGCGAAGUUUCCUAAGAACCCAAGUGCAAGUUGUUUUGGGCUGGGCAUGGCGGAGGGCAGGCGGUGUUGUAGGAGCAGAGGGCACGUGGCAGCAGAAGCAGGUCCCAGCAAAGGCGUGUGGGUGGGGGCAGAAGCGCGUCCCAUGGUUCGGUGCAGGGUAGACGUGGACGGCAUAUUAAACUUCUCCAGUGUGCUCUUCGUGCCGCCUGCAUGUAACAACUGCAGUCGCUGCAUCACCAUCUACACCUCGCAUAUGUCUGUCAUUGCCCUCAUCGCCACCUACGCCUACCGCCCCGCUGCUGCCCUCGUGCAGCGCUUCGCCUCCGUGUUCCCCCCUCAUAGCCACGAGUACUGCAACAUCUUCGAAGGCCUGGGGCUGCACGCUUCGUAUGGCCGCGUGCGUGUGCUGCAGCAAGCGGUAGAGGAGGUCCCCAUCCUCUUCCUGCUCACCCUCGCCCUUCACCACUCCAAGGCUCUCUCGCGACAUUGUGGGGCUGAAGGGGAGCAUAUUUCAAAGGCUGGUGGGGGCAGCAAUGGGGCGAAAGGCAAGGCGGGAAGGAGGAGGGCGGGGAAUCGCGAUAGUGGGGAAGGAGGGGAGGGUGGAGAGAGUGGGAGGGGUGAAGGUGAUAGCGGGAAUGUGUGUGAGGAGGUGAAGUCGUGGUUCGACGCGGCAAUGCUGCCGGCUGCUGGUACAGGGGCUGGCAGGCCCGCGUGCAGGGGCAGCGAGGCAAGGGAGUAG